AUGUAUUUGAAGAGGCCGGCGGGCGGCCUCGCCUUCUGCCUCUUCUACCUGGCGUCCUGCUUCACCAACAAGUAUGUCCUGUCUGUCCUGAAAUUUACCUACCCUACCCUUUUUCAAGGGUGGCAGACAUUAGUGGGUGGACUUCUGCUUCAUGUCUCCUGGAAGCUGGGCUGGGUAGAGAUAAAUUUGUGUUCAAGGUCUGAAAUCCUGUCAUGGCUUCCUGCUUCAGUACUGUUUGUUGGCAUUAUUUAUGCUGGCUCUAGGGCACUGUCUAGAUUGCCAAUCCCGGUGUUCCUCACUGUUCAUAACGCGGCAGAAGUUAUAACCUGUGGGUUCCAGAAGUUUGUGCAGAAAGAGCAGACCUCUCAUCUGAAAGUCUGUAGUGUGCUGUUCCUCCUGCUAGCAGCAGUGUGCCUUCCUUUAUGUGACACACAGUUUGAUCCAAACGGUUAUUUAUGGGCUCUAAUUCACUUGAUCUGUGUUGGGGCUUACAAAGUAUUUCACAAGUUAUGGAAACCUAGCUCUUUAAGUGAUCUGGACCAACAGUACAUCAACUAUGUAUUCAGUGUGGUGCUGUUGGCUUCUGCAUCCCAUCCAGCAGGUGAUCUCUUCAGUGCCUUGGACUUUCCAUUCCUGUACUUCUACAGGUUUCAUAGCAGCUGCUGCGCCAGUGGACUGUUGGGAUUCUUUCUGAUGUUGCACACAGUGAAGCUAAAAAGCAGCACAACCUCAGGGCAAUAUGCAGCAUGGAGUUUCCUUGCAAAGAUAGGAAGAUUAAAUCAGAAUCUAAAUUUUGAAAAUGUCCUCAUCCGUGUUCUUGGCUAUGUAAACAACAUGUUCCUGGACACCUCAGAAAUGCUAGAUACUCAAAAUCUACAGCCAGCUUUUGCAGCUUGA